GAAAAAUAUUAAAGAGAAGGAUUCGGGUGUCCGAGUUUUAAUAAGUCUCUUCUUCUAUCCAAUAUGGUAGGAUGCUGUGCCAUGGUUGGAGAAGAGACUAAGUACUGUGAUAUGGAUUUUGCCGAAUUGACAAAGAUCAUCUCUAGUAGAGUUCAGAAGCUCGAGCCCGAUAAUGCUAUUAAGAUCAUGGGGUGCAUCCUCUUGAAGGAACCUGGAGAGCAAGAAAUGUUGCAGCUAGCAAUUGGGCAUGAAAAUAUAUUGCUAUCCAAGAUAAAUGAUGCCAAGGCCAUGCUAAGCAUGCUAUCCCCAAAGAAUUUCACUUCUGCUCAAAUGCAUUCCAUACCCAACAAUUCCCACCAGUUCGGUUCAUAUCCUCCUUCUGGCUCACGCCCCUUCUCCUCCCCUGCCACCUUUCAUGUCGCUACUCACUAUUGGGAUCCUCAGCUUGCUCCUGAUCAGCACACUCUAGUUCAGAGUUUAGAUUUUGGGCCACGACUGUAUACAGAUUCAAUUGGAGAUGACUACUCUCUUCAUAACCAACCUCAAUUCUCGGGCAUCGAUGAGCAAUUGGAUAAUGCGAAUCCCAUGGGCAGUUACUACUACCCAGAUGCUGCAUUGGCUGGUGGGAUGACUGGUAGGACCAGCAGGAGAUCACAGAGCCUGUCAGAGUUACCUAUGAAGACUUGCCAUUACUACAUCAAGGGAUUCUGUAAGCAUGGAGUGAACUGCAGGUACUCUCAUGGUCUGUCCUUCCCGGAUGGCUAUUCGCAGGUAUUUAGCCCCGGCAUGAAUGAAUUGCUAAAUGAGGAUCGUGGAUUCGCACCGGGCUCACUUGAGAAGCUAGAAAUGGAGAUCAUAGAGCUCUUGAGGUCAAAGAGAGGGAGUCCUGUUUCUAUUGCCUCACUACCUAUGCUGUAUUAUGAGAAGUAUGGAAGGAAUCUGCAGGCUGAGGGGUACCUUACCGAGAGCCAGCGGCAUGGGAAGGCUGGUUUCAGCUUGACAAAGUUGCUUGCCCGCUUAAAGAACAGCAUCCGACUCAUAGACAGACCACAUGGGCAGCAUUCAGUAAUACUAGCAGAAGAUACCCACAGAUAUAUGGAAUGCAGGCAUGAGAGAAGUGAUCUGGGUUCAGCAGUCGCGAGUUCUCAUCAAAUCUAUCUUACAUUUCCAGCAGAUAGCACAUUUACUGAGGAAGAUGUUGCCCACUAUUUCAGACAAUAUGGCCCAGUUCGUGAUGUGAGGAUUCCGAGCCAAGACAGAAGAAUGUUUGGGUUUGUGAGCUUCCAUUAUGCACAGACUGUUCAUGAUAUUUUGAUGAAGCGGAAUCCCCAUUUUAUUUGUAAUUCUCGUGUUCUGGUUAAGCCAUAUAGGGAAAAAUCAAGGAUCAUUGACAGGACCUAUAUGGAGAAACUAAAGCCGGCAAUGUACUAUCCUUCUCGAUGUAUUGAAGGGGAACCUGAGCUUCACACAAUUCCUAGAGAAUCCGAUAGUUCAAGGAUGUUCAAAAGCAAGUUAAUUGAGCAGGAAAUGAUAUCUGAACUUGAGAGAAGGCAUUUCUCUGAGUUGAACUUAUCAAAGCCGCUAUCUCAGCAACCUUAUUCCAGUUAUGACAUGGAAGAAUUUAAAGUUACAGAAGAUGGCAUUGAGUUCCCACUGAUAGACCAUUUUAGCUAUACCCUUGAUGCUCUUAAUAGUGGCUCGACGAGCAAUGACAGAGCUAGACAGUCAAGCAACGGUUACAGUGACCAGGAGAGUGGCCACAUUGAGCUCCCAGAGAGUCCCUUUGCAUCUCCACCAAUGGAAAGCAGCAUCUCUGCGAUCAUAUAGAGAUCCAUUGCAAAAACGGAAGAAUACAGAUAGAAUGCUUCAUUUCAUUCUUCAGUUCAAAACAACAGUUCUCAAACGCCAGAUUACAUGGAUCAGUGAGAUGUUAGUGAGCUUUAUACCAAUAAACACAAGAUCAGUUGCUUCUCCAUCGUUACUUCAUAGGAGAAGGCUACAAAAGUAAUACAAGUACACAUAAAGGGAGAAAGGUUACACAUUUUAUUGUAGAUACUGCAGCAUAACUUCAUCGACUCGUAGAAGAGAGACUAAUUAUACAGUAGAGGAAGAGAACAGCAUGAAUUCAAGAUGUUCGGUUCAUUAUUCAGAGGCUGUUCUGAAUGACGUUUGGAAAAGGUGAUAUGUGAUACAGAAGGAACUGCUAAUUGCACUGGAUAUCUUAAAUUACUUUGCAAAUAAAGAUUUGGCUAAUUGUCCUAGGAAAAGACAACGGCAUCAUAUUGAAAUAGGUUAUGCAGUAUCAGUGAUGUUUGUAGUGGUGGUGGGUAUGGAUUUGGUACUAGUUUAAUGAUGUCUUUUACCAAAACAAAGGCCCCACUGAGAAUAUGAUCUUUUCUUUUUAAUUAUUGCUCUGUGGGUCCAUUUUUUCAUGGUAACUUUAUACCUCACCAUCUAUAAUAAUUGCAGGAAUGUAGUGCUCUUGGUAUUA